UAAUACUGACCCAAUUCCCAGUACUAACUACGAGAGCAAAACAAAUAACAACAAAUGUUAUUCAGUGAGUUCGUUUCAACCAUGUUAUUCCUUCAUACGACUUUCAAAUGAAGACAGGGAACUAUGCUGUCCAAAUAUAUUCUACUGGUUGUAUUAUUAUCGUUUGUAAAGUCUGGCCUGUGUGAUCCAUUCAACUUACAUGGAACAUAUGGCGUGUUCUCUAGCAACCAUUUUCCCUCAUAUUAUGACAAUAAUUUGAAUCAAACUUGGACGAUCACAGUGUCAAAAGGAUUAAAAGUGGCCUUGAUUUUCACUGCGUUUGAUAUUGAAGACUCAUAUAGUCAGGAUACUCUAUGCCCUUUCGAUCAUGUACAGAUAUUUGACGGCGAAUUGAAUUCGAAUAUAACAAGCAAAAGACUGUGCGGAAAUCCAACUUACUACCCCGACGAUGCUCCUGCUUUAUAUUCAACCGUGUUCACAACUACCGGAAAUGUGAUGACUUUAAAAUUUGAAACAGAUUAUUCCAACAAUCUGCCUGAUAUAUCUCCGUUAAUGGGAUUCCGGGCUGUAUACAAAGCAGAAGACCGAGAUGAAUGCCAAGAACUCGAAGCAGAAUACGAUGAAUCAGAGUUUCCAGAGGAAAUAGGAAAAUGUGAUCAUCAUUGCAUCAACUACAUGGGUGGAUAUACCUGCAACUGCAAGGAUGGUUACGAACUUCAUGAAGACGGAUACACUUGUGUGGGAAAGUGUUCUGGAAUUCGACUCAGCAGUUCUUCCGGUGUAAUUACAAGCCCUGGUUAUCCGGACGCUUAUCCGAAGUUGACUGAUUGUGACUGGACUAUUGAGACGGAGGUCGGCCAAGUCAUCGAAUUAUCUUUCGAUGAAGAGUAUGACAUUGAAGAUUACAACGCGAUAGUCUGCCCUUAUGACUGGCUCAAGGUUGAUGUCGGAUCGGGAUUAUCAAACGGACAUUGUGGACCGACAGCACCAAAUACAAUUGUGUCUACAGGAAACAUUGUCAAAAUACAAUUUCAUUCGGAUAAGGUCACUGAGAUGAAAGGAUUUAAACUUACGUACGCAAGCAGAGGUAUCUACUGUGAUCUUCCUGUUGAACCAGAACAUGGGCGGGUUGUGGAAACAUUUGGAGCGGAAAACGGACGCCUACCGUUUGAUUCUGUGGUUGUUUUUGAAUGUGAAAAUAACUACGAAAUGUUAGGCGUUCAUAAAGUCACAUGUCUGAAAGAUGGAACCUUUGACGACGAUAUUCCUACCUGCAUCCCACACAAAUAGUGACCAUUCUGGGAUAACAUCGGCUACAACUAUUGUACAAACAACUAUUGUAUAAGAAUGAUUUUCAUUUGAUCAGCAUUCAUUGCAUUUAAUUGAUACGUCCUGUACUUUAUUCUCACCUAAAUAAAUUUGGCGAAUCAAUUGGAA